CUUUGGUUUCACCCAAAACCAUAAUUUCAUUCAGCUGUGAAGACAGGACUAGCAGGACUACGUCUAUGGUAAGAAAUGAAUAAACGUUAAACAGUAAAGAAAUUUGUUUAUAAUUCACGUUGUGUAUGUUUACAUUUGGUGUGUGUGAUGAAAUGUGAGUCAUUGUAAAAAAAAAAAAAUGUGUGCAGAUUCUAAGGUUCAGCUUUUAAAAUAUAUAUAUAUUUAUAAGGCAACGCCAGCUGAGCUGACCAUUUGUUUGCGAGAAAAAUUGACAACACGUGGAAUUAACCUGCAGAUUUAUAUUUUAAAACAAUAAUAAUUUUAAUUGGUAAAGCACACUCAAUUUUACAUCUUAACCCUUCAAAAAUGUAUUUAAUGUACAGUUAAACAUCAAGCGAGAGUAGGGGGUUCAAAAAAUUAUGUCGAGUUAAAAAUAAGGUGAUUGCAUUAUUGUGGGGUUUUACAUUACUCGGUGUGAACUGAAUAGCAUUCAGAUUUAUUGAAUUUUUUUUUUUACUUGUGGAGAUAGAGGAUUUAUGUUUUCAUCAUUUGUGGUAGAAAGUUAUGUGUUGUUGCAGCCUGGCUGGUUUUUUAGUUAAGUGUGUGACGGUUACAGCUGGUUAGAAUAUUGCGAAGCAAUUAAUUCUUGUCCGUGGACGGGUUCAUGUACAGGUCUCGUUGCUGUAAUUUUUUUUUCUUUCUUUAGCUUCAGAAUAACCAUAAGCAUCAUAAGAAAUAACAGAUUUUGCGAGAGUAAAUGUCUUCUUGUCUGUAAACGAAAUGCUUCGCCAACGUCUCCCGUUUGAAAACCGGUCAAGUCACUGUUGACAUCGUUGCUGCGGUCUUAAGAUGCAACGGGCCGUAAUACAACGGGCCCCAUUACCAAGUUAUAUGCCUCUGUAGAUCUUGCUUUACAAUGUGUUGCACUGCUGUUCUUCGUGGUAUGUCAGUUUCUCCUACCAUUUCCCGGGGACUCGCGUGAUCGUGAGGAUGGUCAUCCUGUCUGCAAUCAGCUCACUCGCGCGCUGACUGUCCUGUUUCGUUUUUGCGAACUUUGAGCAGCCAUUUCAUCAUUUCGUGCUAACAUACUAUCGGAUUCAUUUAUUUUUUUUUACAAAGAUGAUCAAUACUUGUUUAACUCCGUGUUUUACACGGAAACUCCAAAAUCCUUCGCAUUGUUACCCAUUCUUGUUUAAUUUCCCUUUUUAAAUUUAAAAUCAGAGUGCGUCCACCGAUGCUAUUUUUAUGGUUUAGCAACAGUAAAUACAGAUAAAUUAAUUAAAAUAUAAAGGUGGCAACCGGAAGUAGACGACAUAAGGACUUCGUACCGAGAAAGCUACUUAGUGAUCUGGGACCACUCCGGGUUUGAAUUCAGAGUUUACUUCUCUUAGAUGAAUUACCAUCCAAGCUUAACGGGUCCCAUCCACCACGGAAGCUGGUGGUGUUUUUGCUUGAUUUGGCUUAAGUUAAGAUUGAACUCCCCAGACUGUGAACUUGAGAUUGGCAUAUUUUAGGCUACUCGGGUGAAACAUCAGAAUAUUAAAAUAUAGUUCAGGAGCUGUGGCGUACUGAAAAAGAGAGGGGAGUGGGGCAGGGUAAAACUAAUAGGAAAUCUUCUAAAGUGCGUUACUUGAAUGAAUAUUUUGUCAAGUAACUUUAGUAGAUGGGAAGUUCCAGCAUGGCGUCCGCCAUUCUUUGAAGGGCUAUAGCAAGUUUACAUUUAAUAUCACAUUAAAUAGAAGUUUAUAAAACUUAAUUGCUCUGCCUUUUUAUUCGACAACUAGGAGGACAUCUUUUCAAGAGGUGCCAAGACUGGACCAGAGGAAAUUGAGCGCUUUGUGAAGAUGGUGAUGGAAAACUGGAGCGAGCUCAAUUCUGUUAACAAAAGGGAACGCUUGGAUUUGUUGGUGAAACUGCUGACCAGAUUUGAGAGCAUGCUACCGACCAUUGAAAAAUCGUUUGAAAACUUUAAAAUCACAGGUUUGUUCUGGUAUAAAUAAGCAAAUUGGUUGGGGGGGGGGGAUUUUUUUAGAAAAGCAAACCACAGAUUGAGAUACAUUAACCUUUUGAACGUUAAAGAAAGAAGAAUUUCAAUGUUUAUUCAUAAGUUAGGUAAGCAACACUAUGAUGUCAUACUGUCAUGGCACGACACUGUUAACAUCGCCACAGUAGAAUCGUGUCUGUAGCGAAGACCCGCCACACGCGUUCAGCCUUAUGAGUGCUAUUAUUACGGCUCACCUUUAAAAUUGAAUGAAAUCGGGUCCAUAGAACCUGAUCUAUAAAAAGCUGGUCUAUGUACGCCAUACACGUAUUGACAGGGAAGUUUUGUUGUUGUUUUUUUAUUCGGCAUCUUUUAGUCUCAAGCUCUUUUGAACAAACAUGUGCGCAAUAGCCUGGGCAGACUGAAUCAUUGUACCAUGCCCCCCCCCCCAACUGAGCCUCAUAUUUAGUCGGCAGCCGAUAUAAAAAGUCAAGAUAAAAUAAUAUAAUUCUUUUUGAUAUAAAAAUCCCCAUACAUGUGUAGUAUGUUUUCUUCCUUCAGACGUACUAAUAGAGAUUUUAAAGCAGUCGCCAGCUGGCGGAGGCUCGAAAGGGGAGAGAAGCAGUUUUCUAAAUCUUAAAAGAAGAGCUCUUCAUAUCUGCGCAGCCUACUCACGUGUCAGUGAAUCCAUUUCAAAGGUGAGGAUAUUCUGUUUUAAAUAGAACAAAACUUUAACUGAUUGGAUAAAGUAAUACCAAAAAAAUAAAAUAAAUAAAGGUAUACAGUCCACAACGCUUUAAAUUCUUCGUUUCGGGUCAAGUAAGAUUAUUUGUUCUCUUUCUUUUGUUUCCUCCAGGAGCUUUCUAAAAGCGACGCAAUUCAAGUUUUAACUUCGUUGAUGGGGAAGGAUAACUCCUACUGGGGAUUGGAGGAGAAGGUUAAUUUUUUAAUUUUUAAAAAUUAUUUAUUUCUGCUCAUUAUAUGUGAUUUCAAAAUAUAUUUGAAUUAUGAGGUACAUGCAUAGGAGCCAAAAUGAUCAAUAAAUUGAUCGUGGGCCCUUAAGAUAUAGAAGAAGAAGUAGAAGGUACAUUCUGGUUGACAUGUAGAUUAGUUCUACGUGUUAUGUACGUCUUGCAUUCAAAAGUAGAACUAUUUCUUCAUUUUCUCAACGAUGCAAGUGCAUCUUUUGUUUCGUUUUUUUUUUUUUAAUGCUUGCAAUUUUGAAAAGAAGUAUUACACAAGCUACAUUUCACAAAAUAAACUUGUAAGCAUAAGUACUAUUACGUGUUGACAGGAAUUCCUUGAAAUUCAAAGAGACUGUGUCGAUGCUUUGAUCAACAUGUGCAGGAAGGGAUCAGAUAUACAAGCCUUCAGGGAACCCAAAGUCAGAUGGGUAUUUAUCUUUCCUUUUUCACUCAAUGAAAAGAUUGAUUACGAUAACUUGAACUAUAUAAUACGUGCGUCUUUUCGUAAAGCAUUACAGUAACAUGGAUACGGUGAGCUGUUCUUAAAUAUGUAAUGGAUUACAGUAACAUGGAUAUGAUUAAUAUGAAUACAUAGAAAAAAAAAUUUUUUUUUUAAACGUGAAAACAUGUCGGGAAAUACAACAUCGUGGGACACAAUGUCAGAGAAAUAUCACGGAUUAUUGCUUACACCAACCCCGCAUAUUUUUUUCGUUCCAGAUAUUACAGAAGUAUCUUGACACCAACGAUCAAAUUACUAGAAUCGCUGCGGUGUCCACAUUGAUCCAAGUGUACGCCCCUGCAAGCACCCACGGGGCCCAUCGCGAUAAAGGUUAGCAGCAUUGUGAAAUUUGAAAAAUCUCCUUUAGACAUUUAAUUAAUACAAUCAAAAUCCAAGAAUUAAUCGACCUUCCAGCCACGUUUAUCUCAUAACUUGUUCUGUUUUGGAACCGGAUUGAAAGGCAAUAAAUAAAGAUAAUACAAUUUGCAUUCAAGAUAUCAUGAGAUAUCUUUAAAAGCGGUUUUGGACCAUAAAAAAUGUGAUCCAAAAUAAAUCGUGCCACCUGCUGAAUAGUCCAUAGUUUAAAAACAGUUCUUGCUAAAAUAAUUAUCAUUACAAAGUGUAGAGGAGAACCCGAAGAAGGACACUAACACACUAAGAGUGGACGUUUCGGCCAAAGAAAAGGCCUACGACAACAAAAAUAGUUAAAGACAGAGACAAACUCUCUGAUCUCAUUUUCUAGAUAUUAUGCAGUCUACUAUUUCCCUAGACGAAAUCCUCGAAUAAACUUAAACUAAAACUGUUGCCAUGACAUCUUCAAACAUAACAGUACCGGUAAUAACAACACGAUGCUAGGCUCCUUUUUUUACGACUAUCCCUCUGAACUAGGCCCAUACGCCACAAACGUUAUUGGAGCGCGUUGGUGCUGCCCCACAUCAAAAACAGAGUCCAAGAGGUGCGCAGCAAAUUAAAGCUAAUCUUCAUUUCUAGUCUGAUCGCGACAUCUAUAUUACCUUAACACCUGGUUAUUAGCAUGCAAAUUUAAAGGUGUUAAAUUUAAAACUCUUCUCUUAAAGCACAGAUUAAUUUUUCUUCUGUCCACCACCGCAGUCGUUUAAAAAAAAUAAUAAUAAAAUAAUUAACUUAAAUAAAUCAUUUUAGUAGCAUUUAAUUAGCUCUUUUCGCAGUUAACUCAUGACAAUUUUGAAAAAUGAUUAAAUUCGUGAAACUUAAAUCAAUACAAACUGAAGACAGCUUUUUGUCAUGUUUGACAGGUUUAGACUUGUUCUGUUUUUUCAUGAAUGAGCUUUGAUUAGCUGAAAUAUAAAAUAUUCAAUUUAUGCAACUUGCCGGGGAAUGUUACCAGUCCGUAUAAUAGUAUGCCGAUGGAUAUUUUAAAUUAUUUGUAGCAGGGUGCCACUAAAAUAGCUAUUAUUAUAUUAUAAUGUUACACACAGUUUGAAACGAAGUGCCUAGCUAUACUCAUAUGGUUGGCAUCGGUCUUAUCUGGCCUCUUUGUAACACUCAUUUUAGAUGCUUAUGUGUUUGUAGAAUGUUAAUAGUGAUCUCAUGCCAUGUGCCUAUGCCUUAAGUAGACACAGUGUGUGUGUGACAGUAUAUAACGAACAGUCAUAAUUGAUAUCGCCACAUUCAGACAUAAUGCCAUGUCUUACACUGACCCAAGUAUGCGCUAGUAUCAUCAUAAAAGUUACAAAAUUUGUGUCAAUAUAAACGCAUUGUGUGUGACUUGUAGGUGAACUGAUACUUGGCGUGUGACUUGUAGGUGAACUGAUACUUGGCGUGUGACUUGUAGGUGAACUGAUACUUGGCGUGUGACUUGUAGGUGAACUGAUACUUGGCGUGUGACAUUGCUAACAUAAAUGUUCUGAUACGGUAUGAAAAUUUUCUAGGGGGGGGGGGGCAAAAAAAUCGAUUAACUUACCAGGGUGGAGGGGGCAAAAAUUUUUUAGUAAUGUUUUAAUGUAGUUUUAAUUUACUGUAGCGUAUUUGUAUGGUGAACGAACGGACAGGACAUCAGCUUAGUUACUUUCUCUUUAUUUUCUCUUGACUUUAAUAAAUUUUUUGUCUAUUUUUGUCUAAAAAAUUUUUAUCCAAUCAAUCCAGGGGGGGGGGCAAGUGCCCCACUUUGCCCCUACCUGCGGGCGCCCAUGCCGGUAUGUAAUAGGCGCCCUCGCAUCUCACAUAGAUUCGGAGAGAAAAACUUUGCAAGCGUCAUAUGAGCUCAACCCCUGAGCAUAAUUUCUUUAAUGUAAUCAAACCUUAUUAAAAUGCUAAUUUUGUUUGCCCUUUGGAUAAACAUAUUGGGUUUAUUACUCUAUUUAAACAUCACUGUUCUUCAAAUAUAUUAACCAAAUUGAUUAUUGAGUAUGUAUGUCAUACUCUGAAUAGCCUGUAAACAAUCCGUCAUACAGAGUUAUCCAACAUGUUUAUGAAAUGUUCGCCAUACCUUGAAUAAAUAACCCGUGCAACAUCCGUCAUACAGAGUUAUUCGACAUGUUUAUUGCUAGUUGUCAAAUUAAAUGUUUUUCAUGCUUUGAAUGAUCCGUACUGCCUGUUACUCUUCACACGUUGUCCUUUCCCCCCUUUUCUUCCCCCACUCGCCAUAAGCUGCAGUAAAAGCCAAUGUGUCGCAAGACCUCUCAGCAUGUAUUUGUAAAAAUUUAAAACCGCAGUGAUCAGAACCCCAACGGCUGCAUAUAACUGUUGUAUUUUUAACGCCAAGUCUUUUACUUUAUCUUUGAUUAUUAUUUUUUUUAUUUAAAGGUGACCCUUUGUGUUACAUACUUCCAAAUAACGCACAAGUCGCCGAUGGCAAGAAAGAUCCAGUGGCCCUUGAGGUGGGUGGCAUUUUUUAAAUGCUUUCUUUUUACUAAACGAAAAUGUUGAACUGGUCAGUGAAUUGAGGACUACGUUCAAGCCGUGUGAAGGAAACAGCAGAGCAAGGUAUUCGAAAGAUUGACUCGAAAGACAGAGGCAAUAAUUAAAUAAGAACGUUUCGGCCAAGAGCCUUCCACAGCUGACAGAACAAAUAAAAAUAUGACAAGAAAUAGAAACUCGUUGAACACAUGACUGAUCGCCAUUGUUGUUGCCCGAAGUUGAAUUUUCCAACACCGUGAUUGCUGGAAGUAAAGGAAUUAUUAUUACUGUGGAAAAUAAGAUCUUAAUGGGGGAAAACAAUUUUUUUGGAAUAUAAAUAAAAUAUAAGAAAUGUAAAAAAAAAAAAAAGGGAAUUUGAGACGUUACACGGCUGACUGAUCACUGUAAGACACAGGUUACACGGCUGACUGAUUACUGUAAGACACAGGUUACACGGCUGACUGAUCACUGUAAGACACAGGUUACACGGCUGACUGAUCACUGUAAGACACAGGUUACACGGCUGACUGAUCACUGUAAGACACGUGCUACACGGCUGACUGAUCACUGUAAGACACAGGUUACACGGCUGACUGAUCACUGUAAGACACAUGUUACACGGCUGACUGAUCACUGUAAGACAUAGGUUCCUGAAUGGUUUUAGUUUGAGACGUUACACGGCUGACUGAUCACUGUAAGACACAGGUUCCUGGGCUGACUGAUCACUGUAAGACACAGGUUCCUGGGCUGACUGAUCACUGUAAGACACAGGUUCCUGGGCUGACUGAUCACUGUAAGACACAGGUUCCUGAAUGGUUUUGGGCUGCGACCCGAAAUAAAGUGACCCCGAUGCAUUUCAAACGACAUUUUAAUUAAUUAAAAGUAAAAAAGAUGAGCAUUUAUUUUUCAAGUAUAAUAUAAUGGUCUUUUAAAACCUUUCCAUACAUUGGGAUGCAAAGAUUGAGAUAAAGCUCGUCGACAAGAAAACCCUUACAACUCAUACAUCUAUUUUCAACAUCUUCAAGCUGUGAGACACCAACUACCGUUACUUAUAUGAAAUUUUUUUUUUCUCAGCUAUAUAAAUAUUAAGUUGUGCUGCUUUUAUUUGAAAAUAAAAGAUUUGAUGCGGUGUCACCCUAAUGCUAUUAAUUCAGAGCAUCUUGCCAGACUUUGUACCUCCUUUGUGCGUGUUUCAGUAAUCUAAGAAUUCUAAACUUUACAAUGCAAUCACUCCCCCACCCACCCACCCCCAAAAAAAAUAACAAGAAAAAAAACACCCAAAACACAUUAUUUACGUCUGGUGGGGGGGGGGUUGAUGUAUUUAUACCCUCAACCCAAUGUACCUACCCUUUUCUACCGCCUUUAAAAUGUACAGCAGGCUAUAUGCUCUGGCCAUGCUACGGCCCUGCUACGGGCCUGCUACGGGUUUUCUUUGUUCUUUAUCCCCCGACUCCCCCGACCCUCCAAAAAAAGAGAAGAAGAAAAAUUAUUCUUAGUUAUCAUAGAAACUUGAAAUUUGAUACCAGAAAAGCUCAUAUCACUUCCACUCAUAAUGAUCACCAAUUACGUCCCUGUUAUCACUAAGGGCGUUCACGGAAUGGCGGGGUUUUUUUUUGUUUUUUUUUUACACUAGAGAUAAAAUUUAAUAAAUGGAGAUGUCUUGUGUUCAAUAGUUUUAGUUGGAAAAAGGUGGACUUUAUUAAAAUUUGUAUUUAUUUAUUUGCUACAUAGGGGAUAGCAACCAUCAAUUCUGUGACCGGCUGAGAGAAUUUGUAUUGAAUAUAGAAUUUAAAAAAAAAGCAAAAAUCAACUCCAUUUUCAAACAGUUUUAAGAGACGUUUGUUUGAUGCUGAGUUGUAGCGUGUUGUCGUCUGGGAGAUGUGACCAAUUGAACAUCUAAAACUCAAGCGAUGGCUCUGCUAUAAGUCACAAUACGUUUUUUAAAAGUUAAGCUGACACAAAGUUUAGUGGCGUUCAGAGAUGUCAACUGGCUGACACAACGUUUAGUGGCGUUCAGAGAUUAUGUCAACUGGCUGACACAACGUUUAGUGGCGUUCAGAGAUUAUGUCAACUGGCUGACACAACGUUUAGUGGCGUUCAGAGAUGUCAACUGGCUGACACAACGUUUAGUGGCGUUCAGAGAUUAUGUCAACUGGCUGACACAACGUUUAGUGGCGUUCAGAGAUUAUGUCAACUGGCUGACACAACGUUUAGUGGCGUUCAGAGAUGUCAACUGGCUGACACAACGUUUAGUGGCGUUCAGAGAUGUCAACUGGCUGACACAACGUUUAGUGGCGUUCAGAGAUGUCAACUGGCUGACACAACGUUUAGUGGCGUUCAGAGAUGUCAACUGGCGGACACAACGUUUAGUGGCGUUCAGAGAUGUCAACUGGAUGGUCCUGGCUGAUGACACGUUAUUUAAACCUGGAAUUAGAAGAGGAUAACUUUAGAGAAAAAUGCUUGGUUUUUUUUUUCUUUAGGCAAGAGAUCGCUCCCAGCACUCUACAUUAGUACAAGGAGGCAGCCAAACUACUCAAUCUGAAAAGGUGAUGAAAAUUAACUACAUCGAUUUUCUUCUAAACAUUAAUUAGGAGAAAUAUUUUUUGGAGAAUAAGUUUAUAUUUGGAAUAAAUUAGACACAUUGGACACUGCACUAAAUAAUCGUAUAUUUAAAAAAAACAACUUAGCAUUGUUUUCUUAUUGGGACAUGAUGAUUGACUUUUAACUGAUAUACGCCAACUCUAUGGGGAAAGUCUGCAUUUUCUCAUGCUUUUUUUUUUUUUACUGAAGUUACUAUAUCCUUUCUGUUCAUCAUCAAAGAUCUUAUUGGGGAAUAUCAAAGACUUAACAUUAAAUAAACAAUAAUUAAAUAAGCUGAAUGCUAUUUUAAUUAACUUCACGUUGUGUUUUUAUGCUGUACUCCUUUUACCCAGGACAACCCAGUGAUAUCCAAUGAACACAAUGAAAUCGACCUGCUGCUCAUUGGUAAAACAGGCAAUGGCAAAAGUGCCACCGGAAACACAAUUUUAGGCAAGGACUAUUUUGACAGCAGAGGAUCCAUGUCAUCUGUCACACAGGAAGUCCAAUAUGAGUUUGCAGAGUACAAAGGCCGCAGCAUUACGGUUGUAGAUGGACCAGGUGUUGGGGAUACUAGCCACAAGGAUAUAGUGAAGGCCACGAAAUUUGUCAUAGCUGCCAUGCAGGAUGCCGUGCUUCUAAAUCCAAAAGGCUACCACGCGUUUCUCCUGGUGGUCCGCUAUGGUGGCAGAUUCACUGAGGAAGAUAGUCACGUGAUUAAAAUGUUAAAGGCGAUCUUUGGUCAGGAUUUUGUCAAAAACGUUUGUAUAGUGAUGAUGACGUGUGGAGAUAACUUCGCGAAAGAGGAAAUCGAAAAAAAAUGGGAAAACUUUUGUAGGUUGGUGCAGAGAACAAACAGGCAUAUUUCAACAGUUGCUCCGCGAGUGCGAGUACAGGGCCAUUCUUUUUGAUAACAGGACUAAAGAUGAAAAGGUCGUAAAUGACCAGAUUAAAAUGCUAAUGGACACAGUCGAUGAGCUUAAAUCUGGCGGGGAAAGGUACACGGACGCCAACUUCCAAAGUGUACAGAAAUCACGCGAUGAUCUGUUACUCACAUUGAGAGAACCCGUCAUCCGACAAGACACUUUUAGACAAAUCAGCCUCAUCAUUCAUGAAUUUGAAAGGUUGUCAAGCGGGGAUGUUGAGGACAAACUCGAAAGGUUAGACGGCUUAAUUGCGAAAACCGAAGGGCUGCAAAAAGAGAUUAGUGAAGAGGAUCAUGGGACGGGAAUUUUGGAAGAAUCCCUCUCCUCCGUGAAUCAGCUGGCGAAAGCUUUGGAGAAUAAAGUUAUGUUCGAAAUACAAAUGAACGAGAUCCAUUCAGAGAUGGCGCGACGGGAAGCGGAAUUAAAAGAAAGAUACGAAAAGGAAACACGUGACUAUGUUGAGCAACUGAAGAGCCGCUAUGGAACUCUGGGAUUUCAAGACCAGCAGAGGCCGGAAGGAGAGACGAAUGACGGGGAAGGGGCUGAACCCAGGUUGGAACACGUCACUGCUGCCGAGUACAGGGCGAUUCAAAUUCAAGUAGAAAGUAAUUUGCGAAGUGAGAUCACCGAGACGGAAGAGAGAUCCGCCGAAAUUCUGGAAACGGUGAAUAAGAAACGCCUGGAAGAGGCCGCCGUUUUAAAAAACACUAUCGAAAAUUAUUACAGGAUGAAAGAGAGCUACGAUCACGUUGUCAGAGAGCACUUAAAGAAAAAAAUUAAAAGGGAAAAAAAUGUCCAAUUUUAUAAUAGGUGAAAUAGACAAAUCUAUACUUAACCCUUUCUUCGGUGCAUUAUUGUAACGGUAUAUAAUUUGUAUCCCCUCCCCUCGAUAUGCACAUUGUUAAAGUCAACUUUGAAUGUGUUAAAUAUAUAUUUUUGUUUGCAAGUUCGUUCAGUUACUUUAAAUUUGAGGAUACAAAUGAGGACAGUGGGGGUGCAAAUAGUGGGGGAGGGAGGCAGGUGUUAGGAAUCACCUUGAUAGAAAGGUCCCUAAAAUUAAUGUCACAUUAUCCUAGCUUUAUUUCAUAGCAGCAGCGUGAAACAUUCAUUUAUCUUUUAAACUUUUUCAAACCGAUUUAUUUCUGUAUCAUCAUGACAUUUCACGUUAUGGUUAAUUAGUGGUUUUCUGUGUGUAUGCUGUAUAAAUAAAAGAUGUUUUGGAUUAUUUUUUUAUGAGUGGGGUUGUUUGGUUGAAGGAGGUGGGGGGCAUAAAACUGUUUCCUAGAGACCAAGAUUAAUUAAUUUGGCUACAGAGCUUGUGUGAAUAAUUUUGUUUCGAAUACUUCCGAUUCGGCACAUCUUCUUCCCUCUAGACUAGGGUUUCUCACGUCACAAAUUUUUAUUGGAAAACGGGAUACAAGUGAAGUCGGGAUAAACUAAUUAAAAUUACGAGGAUUCCUUGGGGGCAUUGUUAUUUUAAAACAAAUAAAUAUUUUGAAUGAAUGAAGACUUGGACGUCUGCUUCUGUUUCCUUCACUUUUCUCUGCUUAGUCCUCAUGACAGAUUGCUAUAUUAUAGCUAUAGGACCCGAUCGAGACGAAAUUUAUAACUUAGAGUUUUGCAGUCUAUAUAAUUUGCAAAUUCUGGAUUCGAUUAUUGUACUAAGUAAAUGUUUCUGAAACAAUCCUUUUUAAAAACAACAAUCCCAUUUGUUUUCUGAAACCCGUUUUCGUUGCACUGGGGUCGUCGCGUCACUUGGCUGCAAUAAAAUUGGAUCGAAAUUGUUAAAGUUGAGACCCACAGUACAAGAGCUACUGAUCUUGGUAUCCAGUAAAAUAAACAAUAUUCUACAGACCAUUGCGUCUCGCGACAAUUUGUGAUGUGGUGAAAUU